AUGCUUCCACCUGAGAUAGGUCAGGAUGCUUACUCGACUGCGACCAACGCCCGAGUCUUUGCGGCCCAGGAGAUUUUCACUGCCGAAAAACAUGCUACGACUGAGACCAAGUCCAGUCCAGACGAUGUUGAGAAUGGUGUCAUCAUUGCACAUUCGGUCGACACAGCUGGAUAUCAUCGUGCGUUAGGAAGACGACAGAUUAUGAUGAUGACAUUUGGUUGCGGCAUCGGCACUGGUCUAUGGGUGGGCACGGGACAGGCGCUGAAAUACGCUGGUCCGGGCGGCAUUGCCAUUGUGUACACCGUUUUCGCAUUUAUUGUCUAUGUUCAAUACUGUUCCAUCGGAGAAAUGACCACCUACAAGCCUGUGCACGGUGGCUUCAUCCGACAGGCGGCUCAGUAUGUCGAUCCAGCUUUUGGAUUUGCCCUAGGGAUCAACUUCUGGUUCGCAUGGGUGAUGAUUAUUCCGGCCGAAAUAACCGCAGCCAUAUCUGUGAUGAAGUUUUGGCCGUCCAGCGAUGUCGUCCCGCUGGCUGCGUACAUCACAAUCUUCCUCGUCACAAUCGCGGUCGCCAAUGUCUUCCACGUCCGGAUAUAUGGCUAUAUUGAAUAUUGCAUGUCCUUCGCCAAAUGCACUGCUAUCAUUGCCGUCAUUAUUUUUCUCUUCAUCAUGACCUCUGGUGGCAUACCCGCUACACACGGCCCAAUCGAGUUCACCUAUUGGAGGAAUCCAGGUGCAUUUAUCAACGGGAUGAAAGGUAUCUCCAAGGCCUUUGUCCAGGCGGCUUUCAGCUUCGGCGGUGGUGAACACAUUGCUGUCAUCGCUGGGGAGGCGGUCGAUCCGCGCCGCACGCUUCAGAAGACAGUUCGACCAGUCUUUUGGCGUAUGUUUACGUUCUUCGUCUUGAAUAUCUGGCUUGUCGGUAUGUGCGUACCAUACGACGACAACGAUUUGGUCAAUGCCAGUGGCACCCUGGGCAGUCCAUUUGUGAUAGCAAUGAAACGGGCUGACGCCAUGUGGUUUGCGCAUUUGAUCAACGGCUUUAUUUUUCUCAGUGUGAUCAGCUGCGGUGUUAGUGCUGGUUAUAUUGCUAGCCGAAGUCUGGCGGCAUUGGCAGACGAAGGUCUCCUCCAUAGUGUCUUUGGCCUCAAAGAUUCCAAGGGUCGCCCGUGGGUUGCGUUGGUCAUCAGUAUCGGCAUAGGUGGGGGGUUGACCUACCUUAACUGCGCCAGCGUAGGGGUUCAGGUAUACAGCUGGUUUUCUGCCCUGACAGCAAUUGCAACUCUGUUCCAGCUAGGGUGUAUCUACAUCACUCAUCUUCGCUUCCGCAUUGGUCUCCGCGCUCAAGGCUACGAUCUCAAGAAGUUACCCUUCAGAGGAUUUGGAACUCCAUAUGCUCAGUACCUUGGUCUUGUGAUCGUGUUGUUUAUCUUCGGCUGCGAGUUUUACCUCUCCUGUUGGCCAUUUGGAGAGAAGGGCUCCGCCAAAACCUUCUUCUCCUCUUAUCUAGCUGCACCGCUAUUCUUUUUCGACUAUUUUGUGUAUAAGAUUUGGUUCAAAACCAGAAUUGUCAAGCCAGAAGAAAUGUCCUUUGGUGAGGGUAUGGCUUUCGACGAGGAAGAUCGCUUGAAGGAGGAAGAAUUGCGAAACAAAUCGCACGUGGAAAUUCCUCACGCGUCCUGGUCUAAACGUGCCAAAUAUCUCAUUUUUGGGUAG